AUGCCGGGACUAACAGCGAAGCUACCCCGGGUUCUGCAACUGGUCGGGUACCACCAUGUGUUGAUGAUUAUCAUCGCGGUGGCGAUCAUCCUACUAUCGUUACUAUUAGCAGGAUGCUCCUCGUCCUCCCCGCAGAUCCCCGACAUCUUCCUGAUCUCCAUGUACUAUGAGCGCUACAAACCAACUUUCAAUCUCGCUCAGGUAGAUCCGGGGGUAGUGACAGCAACAGCAAAUAUUGUGGGAGGAGCCGAGAUGGAAGUCCGUGUGGGUUAUUUUGGCAUCUGUGUACAGCCAGACUCCGGAUCCUACAUUUGCAACUCGAAUGCGACAGCAUUGGCGGAGAUUGUCACAGUCGACCAAGAUCCGUUGAACCUGAUUUGGGUAGCAUCGACGUUCAAAGAUGCAGUCGUCUUCCCAUAUCUCCUAAUUCUUGCCGUCAUUCUCGCUUUCUUCUGCUUCGUCAUCCUCGCCACCUUCCCUGGAUGGCAUGACGAGCUAGACCCCAGCGGUUCCGAGAUCGAAGCCAGGCCGAUUCCGUCGCGGCCUGUAUCCCAAGCAGCACUGGCCUUGACAUUUGUAGCCUCGGUCUUCGUCCUUGUGUCCGUACUAUGGCAGCACACCGCAUCCGUAGCCGCCAGCACGAUAGUUCAGGAUCUGGGCAACGGAAGUGUCAAGAGUGGCGUGGGUACAUCUGCUAUGGUUCUCGGCUGGUUUGGAUUUGGACUUCUGGUGGUUGUGACGAUAGGACUGCUAGUGAUGAUUCUGAGCGUCAAACUGAUCCAGCAGUUGACGGACUAG